AUGAAAGUAACAUUUGAAGGAGGUCCAGAUCCAUUGGUGGCGGACGAUUGGUUGGAUGAAGUUGAAAAGUAUUUCAGGGCAAUAACAGUGCCUGGUGAUCUGUUGAAGAUCACUUUAGCUACAUACAAGUUUGUUAGUAACGCGGCAGUAUGGUGGAAGACCAUGACUAACGCGUAUGAUAUUGACAGUAUGAGUUGGGACACAUUCAAGAGUCUUUUCUUUGAAAAGUAUUUCCCGCAGACUAAGAGUCGAGAAUUGAGGAUCCAGUUUGAUAGUCUCAAGAAAGGUGACAUGUCAGUAAUAGAGUAUGAGAAUAAGUUCACUUCUCUCUCACGUUUCGCUACGGAUGUGUUAGGGAAUGAGGAGGAGAAGGCAUGGCGUUUUGUGUAUGGCCUAAAUCGUUCUAUUAGGCCGGGGUUGACACUUUUGGGAUUAAAGGAAUAUUCGGAAGCGGUCACGAGAGCAUUAAUGGUAGAAGCAGAAGCCAAGAAUUGGCAAGAGAGGAGUGGUACCGUGGGAUCUCAAGAACGAGGUACAAGUAUGGGUACUUUUUCCAGGAGUCGGGACAGGAGGAGGCACAAGGAUGUUUCAUUGUUUACUCAGGAGCAGCGGACGGCAAGUGCUAAUCCUAUCGUUGGUGUUUCUUCAGAGCCUUUUAGGACAAGCUUAGUGUGUUAUCACUGUAAGCAGCCAGGACACUGCAAGGCGGAGUGUCCUCUUGAUAAACCUAGUUCCAGAGUUUACUUUCGGUGUGGUCAGUCGGGCCACAUGAAGAGGGAUUGUCUACAGAGGAGAUGA